AUGGGUAUUAAAUGUUGUAAACCAAAGAUUUUAGAAGAGAAGGAUGAUGUUUUAUCAGCACUAGAUGUGUCUCUUCAUCCUAAUAUUUCAUCGAUUGCCAAAAAAUCCUCACCGGUCGGAAAGUGCCGGGAUUGUCGUAAACCAAAUACUGAUAUAUAUAAAAAGAUACGUGCAUAUCUUCAAAAUAGUAACUUCGAAGAUCGAACCACCAUAAAAAUUUAUGGAUUCACUCAAGAUCCACACACUCAAGAUUACAUGAUAGUAACUGAAUAUGCAAAUCAAGGAAAUUUAAGGAGUUUUCUCGUUCAAAAUCAUCGAGUUUUAAAUUGGGAAAGAAGGCUACAACAAAAACGUUCUUCAGAUAUUAUCCCUACUUUUAAUGAAGCAGACCCAAAAAAACCAUCAGGAAAUGGACUUAAUAGAUUGGCCGUUGAUCCAGCAGUCUUGAAAAUCCAUCCUGACGCACAUUAUACUAGUAGACCACUUAAUUUUAUGGACCUUCCAGAACCAACGAAUUUCUUUAGUCGUGUUCGUCAUGAUUCUGCAUUUGCAAGUGCUAAAAGAAACGGAUAUCCUUAUGAAAGCGUCAGAAGACAAGAUGAACAUCCACCUUUGCCUCAAGUUGAUCUUGAACAACUUCGAACCCCUUCAAUGGCAAUUUCCGGUCCUAUAUAUACUGCAUUAUUGCGUAAACAUUAUCGAGCAGAUAAAAUAUUUUUUAAUGAACUCGAGCAUAAAGAUUUAGAUAAUGUAGAUAAUGUAGAUAAUGAUACUAGUUCACAUUCACAAGCAGAAAUAUCAGAAGUUGCCUCUACGCGUUAUUCAGAAAUUCUUUCAACACCAGAAUCAGAAAGAAAAUCAAUAAACUAUUCACGUUAUUCUCUAGCAUUAGUAGCAGAACUUCAACGACGAUCCACACCAAGAUUAAUUGAUCAAUUACGAAAAGGAAAAACCCGAGAAUAUCCAGAAACCAGAGGAAUAAUAAUUCCUGAAAAACAUAAAAAUCGAUAUUCGAAUGAUACUGUUAACACUUUAAAUAAUGUUAAAUCAUCUCGUAAAAACUCGAUAAAUUCGUCAAAUGGAAAAAGCACACGAACAACUAAACAGAUUAAAUUUAAUAAUUAUAGCGAAUAUAGUGACCAGAAUUAUAUAAAUGCAUAUAAUAAUCAAUUAAAAGAAUUACAACAACUACAUCAACAACAAUUACAAGAUUUACAGUUUCAACAACAACAGCAGCAGCAAAAUAUCCAACAACAACAACAACAACAAUUACAAGAUAUACAAUCAAAGCAACAACUUCAAGAUGUACAACGAUUACAAGAAAUACAACAGCAUCAAUUACAAGACAUACAACAGCAUCAAUUACAGAACACAAAGCAGCAAGAAUUACAUGAAUUACAACAACAUGAAUUACAUGAAUUACAACAUGAAUUACAUCAAGACAUACAACAGCAACAGCAACAAUUUCAAGAUAUACAACAAUUACAGAGUAUACAUCAACAAGAGAUACAACUUCAUCAAGAAAAUGUUUAUUAUGAUUCAGAUCAAAUCUCUGGAGAGAUGGAGGAAUUUGAUAUGGAAGAUAUAGACGUGUUGCAAUAUGUUCGUAGACAGCCCAUAGUUCAACAAGCCAGAAGGUUGAAGAUUACAUCAUAUCCAAGUGUGUUUAUUACUCGUAUUCAACACAAUCCAAUGUCAUCAUCAUCGUCAAUAUCAGGACUUUGA